AUGCCGUUUUCCUGCUGCUCAGCGUCGUUUUGCAAAAACAAUAGAUACAAUGUGACCAGACGGGGAUUAGAUAUAACCUUUCACACAUUUCCCUCUCGUCAGUAUGCCAUAACAAACCAGUGGAUACAGUUUGCGAAGCGCGAAGAAAACUGGAUACCCCACAAACAUUCGGUGCUGUGUUCGGCCCACUUUAGAGAUGACGAUUUUCAAAUGGCAAAUUCUCCCGUAAUUAAGCAAGGCAAACGAAUACGGCACCUAAAUGUGAAUGCGGUCCCUACUAUCGUCAACCGUACUGCGAUUACUAUUUCGAAACGAGAAAAGCUUGACCAAGUACGUAUACAACUUUUGGAGAAGCUAUACACGAAAAUGGAUGAAGAUAAUGAUAAAGCUGCGGGAAACGAUCACACGUACAGUGAGGCGAAGAUGGACCGAACGGAAAAGAAAGGUCCUGUGGACGGAUGCCGGAAGAGCAUCUUUUUCUUGCAACGGUAUCCAAACGUGUGUGCAUUCUGCCUGAGAAUCAUAAAAGAUGCGAAUCAAUUCGUGCCAGUCACACACUACCACGAUGCACUGGAGUGUACGAUCGAGCAGAAAUUUGACGAAAUAACUGGCGAUCCAAUGGACCAAGAGGAUCGUAGCGACAUUCAACAUUUGCUGCCGGAUAAAGCGUGUGACGAAUGUGUGAUAAUGAUAGUAAAAUUCCACCAAUACCAAAGGCAGCUGGAAUGCAUAAAAAAAUUCAGCACCGGAAUCGCACACCUGCUGUAUGGCAAUGAACAACCGUUGGAAAAUCUUUAUCAAGAUCAGGGGCCAUAUUUGGUCAGCAUACUUAAACGGUUGGAUACGGCACAAGGUACGAGAAUCAAUCAAUCGUUGGAGCAGUUACUGGAGGAAGUUACCUCGUAUGGGAACGUUAAGCGCAGUUCGUCAUGCGAACAGGAUUCUGCAGAUGAGUUGUCGCUCGAGCUGUACUCAAACACGGAAAGUGUAUUAGAUAACAGCGACCGGCUUGAUAUUCAAGCAACUGAUGGAGUGAUGAAAAGCAAAGAUGUGAACAUGUCCAAACAGCUGUACACUUGUCCGUAUAUCGAUAUAUGCAACGAAUGGUUUUCGACAAAUACUGCAAUUGAGCAGCAUGUACGCGAUGAUCAUAAAAGCUUCUCCUGUCAUGUUUGCGGCUUUAAGAUAGCGUUUUACGAUCUCUACAAAAAACACGUGGAAAGUCAUUCUAUCGCGCGUGCGCUACUGCUAUCCCAUAACAAACCGGGUUCAAGUUUGGCAAAGGAAGGAGAAGAUUGCGAAAAUGUGUACGCUAACGAUAAACAGUUCAACAGCCAUCGAUGUUCAAAGGGCACAUCAAAAGGAAAACUAGCUACACCUCAAGAUAUAUUGAAAAACAGCGGCAAAAGGAAGUCUGAAACUCAAAUGGUAGAAUUUGAAGAACUGUUGGAUGAUGCAAAAGCAGCACUCAAUUCAACUGCUGGCACUACAAACACAUCUAGCAAGAGUAUUGAGUUACUUGAGAUCGAAUUUCUUAAUGAAAUGCAGUAA